AUGACUCUUACGUCAAGUCCUCGAAGCGGACCACCGUCACCGACGUUCUACCCCCCCGAAAUCUGCUCUGGGGCCCCGACAUAUUCAUCAAAGGAACCAUGCGCUGUAAAAGAGUCCGAAGCCGACGUUGUCUACCUCGGGACGUUUCCGCGACGACCAGACCACGAGAGCGAUAAGAAUUCAACACCAGACUCCAACACAGCCGAUGGCGGAAUCCACAACCCCAAAAAUAGACGCAGCGGUCCUGACCGACGAACCAAAUCUAGCCAGGUGACGGGCAAGGGCCCGGGCUGCAAGACGGUACCAGCGUCGAUAAGAAACCAAAAUAUUCGAAUAGGUUAUGCAAGAGACUCCAAAAGACAGGUAAAUGGUUGUUUCGACGAGCAAAGACGCUUCCGCCGCCUGGUAGAAGUUGACUUUGGCGGAGCGGAUCCAUUCAUAGUCUGGAAGCCGAUCCCACACGAACAGGUGCUAUACAGACGACCGUAUCAAAAUAAGUCAAGUCGACAGGUGCGAGAUGCGGUCCAGCAGCGAUUGACGGAAGCAUCCAUUAGUUCAGCGUCCCAGGGAGAGAUAUAA